AAGGGCGGAGGAAAUUGAGAUGGCGUACGCGCACAUGCAGCCGUAACAUAUUUUACGAACCAUCACAGAGCAUGGAGAGCGGACACGAGGAUGGGACGGUGUCAGCAAAGCAAGAGGAAUAUGAAGUGUCAAACAAAUCCGCACAUGGUGCUGAUAUGAGUCUGUCAAGAGUUCAAUAUCAGCCACCAUCGUUCACGCACUUGCCGCUCGAAAUCUUCCCUAUCAGAAUCGAGGGAAGGGCAAAGACUGCAUGCAGAUACUAUACUGAUAUCUAUGCGCCUACCACAUUCCGAAGACUUCAGUUCCAGGGAGUUGCAGAGGAUACUCCCCUUCUCCGCCAUUACAUUCCCCUUAUUCUCAGCAACCAAGUGUCGUUUGUCGCCAUGGUGGCGAAUUCCAUGCUGCAGUUCGACUUGAUGGACCGGCGACGUCAUGGCCCAUCCGCCCAAGCAAAGGGGAUGUAUGAUGUAGCCAUUCGACUUCUGCGUCAAUACCUUCAGUCGACGGCUGAUCGGGUGUCCGACUUGGUCAUAUGUACAAUGUUGUUUCUGACGACCUUCGACAACCUGUCUUUCAACUAUGAUAGUGCUUGGAUUCAUUUGAAGGCCGUAAAGGAGGCGAUUUCUCGCAGAGGUGGCUCCCAACAACUGGCAUUUGACGGCUGGCUUGCGACUGUGACUGACAGUUUCAUCACCCAUGCAGAGUGCCAACGAGCAAUUGUCCGUCACCGAGGCACCACAGCCUAUAAUCUCAAAGACCUUCGCCGCCCUGUCCACCCAUUUCCUCCGCCGCUCUGUGCCGAGAUUGCGAGGCUACCGCGAGCGUUUGAAGAGUUCUGCAUAAAUGAAUGCCCGACGGUUGCUGUGAUCGACAUCCUUUCCAAUAUUGCCGAAUGGGUACAGGCUCUGAAAGCAGGCUCCUCGGGAUACGAAGCAAGACACUUAGUCUUGAACAGUGUGCUGCUCGAAACAAACCUAAACAAUGCAAGAAGAUGCUUUGAAUUGCUUCAGAAUAUCCAUCUACCACUACAAGACCAAUUUGUCCUGAUGGCUUUGCAAGCUUACUGUUCUUUAGUCGACUACAGCGAAAGGGGGAGCUUUCUAAACCUGGCGUAUCUCCAGAUCCACGCCAGUGUCCUUCCCUCGAGCCUCUGCUUCCCCGGUAGUACCAAGCCACGGAGCCAUCAGGCAGAAUGGCUAACUUGGGUGGGUAUGAUGCUCCUUGCAAGCUCUCACACUAAUGAUCUCACGUGGUCUCUCGGCAUGAGGAUUCUGGACGAACAAGAAUUGAAGCACAGUUGGAUGCAGAAAAUCAGAAUUUGCGACAAGUUCUUCUGGAACGAGAGGUUCUCCUAUCAACUUCUUCGGAAGAUGCACUUCGAACGCAAGAGUCCACAUACAUUUGGAUGAGACUUCAGCAACCUCGGGUUCCUCUGCGUGUUCGGUCUUCGGCAUAUCCGCCUCUCAUAGACCAGUGAGAGUUGCCAAGAUGGACCUGGACAUAGUCAGGAAGUGAAUGCAAUGAGUACGCCACUGUCUUCUUCGUCUACAGCCUUGUUGCGAGGCUGGCCC